AUGACCGCGAUGAAGGAUGGGCUUUCUCUUACCCGGCGCCAUUCUGCUCCUCGUAGAAAUCGGGAGUUGAAGUCCUGUUUGCUUGUUUUAGGAUUUGUGAUUUUGCUGUGGCUGACCAAAAUUCAUGGCCAUUUUCUGCAUUCCAACUAUCAGUGGAGUUCAGACUCCGCUCGAUUCAACCGGCUGGACCUGGAAAGCUUGCUGGUGACUAUACCUGACCCGGCGAAGGCUCGUGAAUGGAGUGUCCAUUAUACGUCAAGCCCCCAUGUCCUAGGCCAGGGUUAUGAGUUCGGUUCUUGGACUGAGCAGACAUGGCAAAAAUUCGGGGUUGCGACCGAGAUCAAGAGUUAUCCGAUUCCAAUCCCCUUCACCACUCCAGUCUAUAAACGUCUAGCUAUUCUCGAACAGACGCCAAGUGACGAUCGGGUGUUCUUUGAGGCCAGCUUGACCGAAAAUAGCACGGACAUUAAUCCUCUUACCGACGAAGUUGUGACUGUCCCUACCUUUCUGUCAUUCUCGCAAAACUAUCGAGUCAGUGCACCGGUUGUGUAUGUCAACUUUGGGACACUUGAGGAUUUCAAUGACCUCGCUCGAGCUGGUGUCAAUGUUACCGGCAAGGUUGCCAUCAUCAAGGCUGGCGUCAUACAUGAAGACACUAUUUUAUCGCUUUAUCAACAAACUGGAAUCGCAGGGUGGCUCAUCUACAUGGACCCCCAGCAAGAUGGAGACAUUACAGAAGAUAAUGGCUAUCGACCGUAUCCAGAUGGUCCGGCUCGCCCGCCACAGAGUGUCUUCCGUCAAAACGGUCCCCGCCCCUAUCACGGCCAAAAUGAGUCCAACUUUCAUUCGGUUCCCACAAUGCCUAUUUCUUAUGCGGACGCAAUUCCCAUUUUGAAAACUUUGAAUGGCCAUGGCCCUAAUGCAAUUGAUCUAGGGAAAAGGUGGGAAGGUGGUCGAUUAGGCUACCGUGGCGUUGAUUAUAACGUGGGGCCUUCGCCCGCCAAUAUCGUGGUUCGCAUGGAAAAUGAAGUGGAGGCAACAAACGCCACAGCUUAUAAUGUUGUCGGAAUCAUCAAAGGACAAAUUGAAGGCGAGGUUGUUAUCGUUGGAAACCAUCGCGAUGCCUGGGGUACUGGUGCGGGCGACCCAGGCAGUGGCUCAGCGGCCCUAAAUGAGAUGGUAAGGAGCUUUGGUCUCGCGGUGAAGCAGGGAUGGCAGCCUCUACGCUCGCUUAUCUUCAUCAGCUGGGAUGGCCAUGAAGCAGGCCUGUGGGGAUCGACCCUCUGGGUGCAAGAAAAUCUACCAUGGCUGGUCAACCAAACAGUGGCCUAUCUGGAAGUGGUCAGCGCAGUUUCUGGACCGCAGUACUUUGCCAGAUCUAGUCCACUGUUGGUGCCGCUCAUGCGGGAUAUUGCAGGACAGGUCUUGUCUCCAAACCAGACCAUCCCUGGCCAGACUGUUCUCGAUCUCUGGGGUGGUACAGUUCAGCCCCAAGGAGGCUCUGACUCUACCAUGUUUAUUCAUCAAUGCAUCAGCACGGCCAAUUUUGGCUUUUCUCGAAGCCCGACAGACCCUGUUUACAACUGGCAUAGCAGCUUUGAUACAAUUCAGUGGAUGGAUCGAUUUGGUGAUCCGACCUGGAAGUAUCAUAUUACAGCGGCACAGAUUUGGGGACUACUUGCUGCGCGACUGGUAGAGAGCCCGGUCUAUCCAUUUAGUGUGACCGAGUUCGCUCUCACCUUACAGAAUUACCUUGCACAGGUCCAGAAUAAAGCGAAUGAGACAAAUUUCUAUCUUGACUUUGACGCUUUAAAUGCUGCCCUGAAACAACUUUCUCAUGCCGCAGUCAGAUUCGAUGCCUAUGCUUCAGCGCUUGGAAAAGUUGCAAGUGAGAAAUCAGAUGCUGAACCUGAUGGAAUGGCAAAAUGGAUUCAGGACAUCAACUACAAAUACCGCAUGUUCGAACGUCAAUUUCGCUAUGAGCCGGGUGUUGAUAAACCAGCAUACAAAAACAUCAUUUACGAAAUGGUUUCGUGGAAUGCUGAGGUUGGGCCGGGAUUCCCAGUGUUGUGGAAGAGUAUUGAAGCUAAGGACUUUUCAAAGGCACAGUUCACCUCAUCCCUGACCUACAAUGAGAUCUCGCCCCUCGCACUGUGGCUAGAUGACGUCGUUCUUCCCAAAAAUGACGACUACUCACCUAUAUCCUCAAAUGGACUGCAAUCCGACCUUCAUGAUGAAAAUUAUCUCGUGUAUCUCUCGAGAUUGAACAACUGGUCUUCGUCUUGGCCAGCUGGAUCCUUGGAUGCAUCCAGCCCUCAUCCUGUAUUGAUUAGCAGAAUGCACCAAGAGCAAGCGAAGAAUCUACAUGUAGCACUCAACCUGGCUAUACAAGAUAUCAUCGGGAGAUGGUGGACGGAUGAGGACGCGAAGUUUCCUCAGCGGAUGCCACUGGAAUCGGAGGAAGAGGAUCUUCUACGCUGGAUGCACGUAAAUCAACACCUAUUCCGACCGUACAGCGAACGACAAGGAUCAUGGAGACCUGACUUCUUGCUUGAAUAUGACGAGACAACUGGUGCUGAAGCCUUUCGCAUCUGUGAAAUCAAUGCCAGAUUUUGCUGGAAUGGCUUCAUGCACGCUGCCUUUGGGCAGGAAGCCUUUUCAAGGUUUGGACUAGAGGCUCGAGGCCUAGAAUGUGCCUCGGACCCCGAGGAAAUACUCGGUGGACUACUGGAAUUAUUCAACCAUAGUCUCCCGCUGCACUUAUGCAAGGGUGUAGAGCAUGGUAUUGACAUCUUUAUGUUUAUGGAGUUCGUGGAGCAACGAGUCGGUAUUGUACCACGAUUGAUCACUCCAGAUACCCUCCGACUUCUUCCGGAUCCUACGGAGGUGACUGGGUUCAAAUUGUGCUGUCUUGCCCAGCCUGGCGCGACAAAUACAGUGAGGACUCAGUCUGGCGAAAUAGUGGAAGAAAUUCAUCAGAUCGGUCUAGAGCUUCACCAGAAAGAGUUCCAUGCCUUUGACCAAGAUAUGAAACGACAGAUCAGUUUGCGUUGUUUCAACGAUAUGCGGACGAUUCUGUUUGCUCACGACAAGAGAAUGCUUGGGAUAGUUCGUGAAGAACUUGGCUCGCUGCUGUCUCGAAAGGUCAUCACUCUACAGCAGGCAAAGUACCUUAAGCGUGGCAUCACUCCCACUAUUUUGCCAGGGUCAAAAGAUAUGGAAAAAUUUAUUGCAAGUUGCGAAGUUUUCGAAAACUCCAAAGAUGGCUUCAUUCUCAAACCGAUUCGUGGUGGCAAAGGGAAGGGUAUUUUGUUUGGUGAUGAGCUUGAUAACGCUGAUUGGUUGGCGAAAUUAGAGCCUUUGCGAUCGGCACAGAUGCAAAUGCAUGCAGGACAGACGUUGUAUGUUGUGCAACGCAAGAUACGUCAGCCCUACCAUGAUGUCCUUCUAGGACCUAGAGCCAAGCCAGAGCGCUGCCAUAAGGUUGGGACCUACCAUGCCGUCAACGGUCAAUUCCUGGGGCUUGGAGUUUGGCGGUGCAGUCCUGGGAGAUUAUGUGCUGUGGCUGAUGGUGCUACCUGGAUAUCCUCUGUGGUAAAGCGUGGAUAG